UGACUACAGGAUGCUAUCCACCGAGCUCUCCUGCCUCCUGGGGCUGCUGGCCAUGGGGGCCCUUGCCUGGAACACCCACCCCACCCUGGCACAGAGCUUUGAGGACCUGCCACCAGCCACCCAGGACCUGAUGGACCAAUUCAAGGCUUUUCAGAUCCAGUAUAACAAGAGCUACGCGGAUCCAGCAGAACAAGAGCGCCGCUUUGAGAUCUUUGCUGACAACCUGGCCUGGGCCCAACAGCUGACAGAGAAGCAUGGGGGCAUGGCCCAGUUUGGGGUGACCCAGUUCAGUGAUCUUACAGAGGAGGAAUUUCACCAGCACUACCAACCAGCCCAGUCUAGCUACAAGGAGCCUAGUUUGAAGACAAGAAAGCACCCAAGACUGCAAAGGCCACUAAUUCGCUCCUGUGACUGGAGGAAGGCAGGAGUCUUGACUCCUGUGAGAAAGCAGAAAAAAUGCCGCAGCUGUUGGGCCAUUGCUGCCGUGGGAAACGUUGAGGCCUUGUGGGCCAUCCAUUAUGAGCAGCAUUUUGAGCUCUCUGUACAAGAGGUGCUGGACUGUGACCGCUGUGGAAAAGCUUGCAAGGGGGGCUUCGUCUGGGACGCCUUCCUGACUAUUCUCCGACAAAGAGGCCUGGCCAGAGAGCGGGAUUACCCCUACCAAGACCAGCUCUCCCGCAAAGGCUGCCAAAAGAAGCAAAACAGAACGGGCUGGAUCCAGGACUUCUUAAUGCUGCCCAAGGAGGAGAAUGCCAUGGCAGAGCAUCUGGCGCUAAAGGGGCCCAUCACAGUGACCAUCAACCAGGCACUCUUAAAGACCUACAGAAAAGGGGUGAUCAGGCCGAAGGACGACUGUGACCCCAACCAAGUGGACCACUCCGUACUGUUGGUGGGCUUCGGCCAGAACACCAAGGACGGUGCCUACUGGAUCCUAAAGAACUCCUGGGGCAGCGACUGGGGAGAAGAGGGCUACUUCCGGCUGCGGAGGGGGACCAACGCCUGCGGCAUCACCAAGUACCCAGUCACUGCGCUUGUGGGAAGAGAAGAUGCGCCAGGGAGGCCCUGUCCCCGCUGAAGACCCCCCCCCCCCUCUAGGAGCUGAACACAAUAAAGCUGUGGGCCCACGACUUCCGAAAUGACCUGGCAGAGGGAGGGAGGGGGAUCGGGGGCGAGCCUGCAGAGACCAUCCUGGGCCUCAGAUGGUGUCAUGGGCCCUGCUGGACAGGCCCUGUGGGACAGCCUCAAAGGGGAGAGACACGUUCCUGAGACGGAACCUCAAUUUCCCUCUUUGCCAGAGUUCUCAUCUCUCUCUCUACCCCCAGCUAAACCUCCCUCGUGGAGCCCCGGCCCUUCGCCACCCUGGCUGCCCUUCUCUGGACAGUUCUCAGACCCCAGUGCCCAGGAUACAAUCCUCCAGAUGGGGGCAGAAUGCAUUGUAUGUGUGGGAGUCACUUCCCUACCUCAAGGCUGCCAGAACCUGUCCCCUACUCUCUAGCUUGCAGUCCACUAAGACCCCCAGAUCUUUUCCAGAAUAAACACCUUCCCCAUCU